UUGGGGGGGAUCUGUUUAAAUGGUUUCAAUGGCAGGGAAAUUCCGGCCAAUGCUCUGAUUAAUACACUGCUUGCUCAAUGGGGCGUCAACUCGAAUGUAGCCUUUGUAGUAAAAAAUUAUUAGAGCAUCACUUUCUCUUAAAUUUCAGGUUGUUAUAAGUUCAAUAGUUGAAAUACCUUUAAUUUUUAUUUUUAAUAUGUUCUAUUCAAUAUCUAGUCAACAAUUUCGAAAUAAUAGGUAUAUCUACUAAGUGUGAUAAGUAAAUAAUGUGAUACCUAAACUAAUAUAGAUUCUAGAUUUUAAUCAGUUUUACUAAGUGGGCCAUUGAUACCAGAAGAAAUUAGAAAGUAAAAGUGGUGUAGUAAACUAGUAUUAGUUAGUAGUAAAAGUGCCAGCAAUAUGUCCACAAAAUCCGAAAAAGUCCAUUCCAUGGUUUAUGUUGUAUUCAUUUCUUUAUUGCUAGAUUUAUUGGCAUUCACUAUGAUAUUGCCUUUACUUCCUUCUUUACUGGAACAUUAUAGAAAAAAUGAUAGCAUAGGGCUCUAUGAAUGGCUUUCUAGUCGAAUACACAAAUUUCAAAUUUUGGUUGGUGCACCAGAGAAGUAUAAUUCAGUAUUGUUAGGAGGAAUACUUGGGUCAAUGUUUAGUUUUUUACAAUUCAUAGCAGCCCCAAUCGUAGGAGGGAUAUCUGAUGUAGUGGGAAGAAAAAUUGUUAUGAUUACUUGUUUAAUUGGAAUAUCAUUAUCCUAUGUAUGUUGGGCACUUUCCAGUAAUUUGGUAAUUUUUAUUUUUGCGAGAUUCCUGGGUGGAAUCAGCAAAGGGAAUGUAUCAUUGAGUAUGGCUAUAAUUACGGACGUCUCUUCAUUAAAAACAAGAGGAAAAGGAAUGGCACUUGUUGGUAUUGCAUUUUCCUUAGGAUUUAUUGUUGGACCAUUGAUAGGAGCAAUUUUUGCAGUGUGGGCAAGACAAAGAACUGGAGAGUGGUUUGUGGUACCUGCUUUAUUCGCCCUGUUACUGUCACUAGCAGAUUUGAUAUUCUUCAUAGUUUUUUUCAAGGAAACAUUACCCAAGGAAAACCGUGCCGUUAGUCUCAUCAGGACUCUUAAAAAUGCAAAGGUACUAAUAAAUGUCAAGGACUUAUUUCAGUUCUCAGCUGUGACUGGGAUUGAGGAAACCAGACUGAAGGAAUUAAGGAAAUUGGGAAUGGUUUAUUUUGUGUACUUGUUCAUUUACAGUGGACUAGAAUUCACUCUAACAUUUCUCACUCAUCAUGUUUUCAACUACACUUCAAUGCAGCAAGGAUGGAUGUUCUUUAUAAUAGGUCUGAUAAUGGCUGUAAUGCAAGGCGGAUAUGUUAGGAGAAUCCCACAGGACAAAGUCAAAACUACAGCAAUAACUGGGUUGUGGUUGAUAGUUCCUUCGUUUGUUUUUGUUGGCUUGGCCACUGGACCGAUUAUGCUUUAUCUGGGCCUUAUUCUCUUUGCCAUUUCAACUGCCAUGGUUGUUCCUAGCAUAAUGACUAUGGUAUCGCAUCACGGAACUGAGCAACAGAAAGGUACAGUUAUGGGAAUUUUUCGAUCGUUAGGAGCUUUAGCCAGAGCUGUUGGACCCAUUUUGGCCAGUGUUGCAUUUUGGAGUGUGGGUUCCACAACAACGUUUCUGACAGGUGCAGUACUUCUACUAUGGCCCGUUCUAUCUCUGAGCGGAAAGGUUUGAAAUAUGUUUAUUUUGAUCAGUAUUAAUGUUGAUGAUAAUCAAUGUUUAUCAUAGAGAGAAUCAAAAAUCUUCCAGAUUUUUCAAAAUUAUAAGUCUCACAAUGUUGUCUUGAUAAGUGGGUGUUUUUUGAUUCUUGUCAUGUUGCCAUAGUGAUUUACUUAUGUAAAGUAUUGACAUUAUCAUUUAUAUUUACUGAAAUGAAAUGCAAAAUAUUUUCAAAAUAGAUAUUUUUGAAACUCUUUA